AUGGCUGAACAGAGAAAGGGCAAGAAGAUGGAUAGUGAUGGAGGGGGCAGAAUGUCGAAGCAUCAUACUUUGGCCACACUGCCCUGUCAACAGCUACAUUUUACACUGAGUGAAUGGAUUCAAAACAACAAGUUACUGAACAAAUCAGCGGAUUAUCACCAUGAUUUAGCUGAAAGAAUACUGUCUGAAGGAUCAAGGGCUAGAGAGGUGACAGCACACACAACCAAAGCCAACAAGAAAGAAGUUGACAUAAAGUUAAAGGAACGAAUAACAGACAUCCAGUUUCACAAAAAGGAACUGGAAAAACAAAAAGAACAAUGCUGCAAGGAAGAGGAACUGCUGAAGAUGUAUAAGGAACGUGUACUAUGCACUAUGGAGUCUUUGAUUCAACAGGCUCUCAGUAUUGUCAAGAAGUGUAUUAUUCUUAGGGGAAAUCGAUUGGGAAUUGAUUUGGUGCAUGAUGCUGUAGAAAACUCACUUCACAAGGAAGCUCAAACUAUUGAGAAUGCUCAUAAAUUGCUUCAUAAUACUUUGGAACAGACACAUGAGCAGCUCCGCUUACUGCGGUCUACCAAAUAUUUCAUUGAACAUGAUCACAAAGAUAAGGCAGCAGCACUGAUUGUUGAUGAUCACUGUUCAAACCUCAGGGAAACACGUCUAAACCUUACUUUUUAUCAAGGGAAAGCACAACUGGAUGUAAGCCGCAACAUUACAGAAGAAGAAUGGGCACUAUUUACAACUGGAAAUAUUGAGCGCGCAUCAAAAGAAAUUAAAAAUAGUUACUCACUGCGGUCUGGCAUUGAUAUGAUUCUUAAAAAGAUAAAUGAAGAACUCUGGGAGCUGUAUUAUGAUACCAAUCACACUUUCCAACAAAGAAUAAAAGAGACAAGAGAUGCAAAAAUAAAGUUUGAGAACCAGCUGAAGGAGACAGUACAAAAAGCAAAUGAAAUGAUUCGUAAUAUUACGCAGAUUGAAAAAGAAAUUACUAAUAAGGAAGCUUUUUUGGCACUUGCUCAAAAAAGAAUAUUAAAUAGAACACAAAGGCCUAAUAUAGAGCUCUGCAGGGAUGAGGUGGAAAUCAAACUUCUUGCUGAGACAGAAGACUUGAAGGAUAGUAUUACGUGGUUGCAACAAGCUCGCUCUGAGGCACAGGCUUCUAUGCGGUUCCUGCUGAAGACACAACUGCAACUGGAAGAGGAAAUCAACAUCAAGACAAACACAUUGAAAAUUGAUGAGGUGGAAUGUAUGACAUUAAGACAAAGCAUGGAUUAUCCAAUACAUUAAUUUUAACAUAACUUUUGCUGGGCUAUGAAUUAUAAUGAAAUGUUUCUCAUUUUUUUACUUUUUUUCAUACAAUAUGUUGUGCAUGCUGCCUGU